AUGCUUUCCCUUAACCUUGUCCUGAUCACACUGGUGGUGGCUCUAGGAGGCUUCGUAUACGGGGUGGACUCAGGGAUUAUCGCAACAACCUUGGGCCAUGAUACUUUUAAAUAUGCCAUGUUCGGACCAACCGGUGAGAAUGCUGGGUUGAAAGGGGCCAUUGUUUCCUUGUACAAUGUUGGUCAGGCUCUCGGUACAUUCGUAGCAGGCUAUUCAGCCAACAAGUUUAGUAGGCGAUGGACUAUUUGCGGAAGUGCCGUAGUAGCAAUUAUCGGUGCUGUUCUUCAGUGCGCCGCUGUCAAUGCAGGAAUGAUGAUUGCAGGGAGAUUUUUCGCUGGAAUCGGCUGCGGCAUGCUUUUGACUGUCGUUCCCAUCUAUAUCGCCGAAGCGUCCCCUCCCCAUCAACGUGGAUUCAUUGUUGGCUUACAGGGCUUCAUGAUUGCCAUUGGCUUCUGCAUAGCCAACUGGAUCGGUUAUGGGGGCGCAUUUGCCAAGGACGACGCCCAAUGGCGAAUUCCGUUGGCAAUGCAGAUCCCUGGUCCUCUGCUGCUGGCCCUUGGAUGUUGCUUUAUACCUUAUAGCCCUCGUUGGUUAAUCCAAGAGGAGCGCUAUGAAGAAGCCCGUACCGUCCUAACAAUGCUGCAAGGAUCUGAAAGUAAUGUGGAUUCCUUGUCUCAAGAACUCGCACAGAUCCGGGAACAGAUACAGGCAGAAGCAACUGAGGUUACAAGCUUUCACGUUGCUUGUGCCAAGUUAUUUUCGCGUCGUUAUCUUCACCGCACGCUCAUAGCGUGUUUCAUUGUUGUCAUGAGUCAGUUUAGCGGGUCUCAGGUCAUUCAAAAUUACCAGACCAGCUUUUAUGAGACGGUAGGGUUCACCGGAAAGACUUCACUUUUGAUCAGUGGCAUCUAUGGCUUCAUGGGCGUCAUUGGUCAGAUCAUCUACCUCUUCGUGGUAGCAGACAAGUGGCCACGCACUCGCACAUUGUGGACAGGCUCACUGUUUCUGUCGGUUUUGAUUGCCAUCUGCAUGGCGUUAUCAGCUGUGUACGGAGACCAAAGUGGUGGCGAUCUCAGUGGUGCCCGUGCAGCCAUCGCAAUGAUCUUCCUCUAUUCCUGUGCUUAUGCAGUCUUCUUCAAUGCGAUGGUCUGGGUUGUCCCUUCAGAACUCUUCCCAUUCUUUCUUCGCUCGACCGGGCUUGGGCUUGCUGUGUUCGCCAAAUCCGUUGCAGCAAUCGUCCUAUCGCAGAUCACACCAACCGCGCUGGAGAAUGUCAGUUGGAGAUAUUAUUCACUUUUCAUUGCCACGAACUUUAUGGCUGCUUUUAUUUACUUCUUUUUCCUCCCAGAGACUGGAGGCAAAACAUUGGAACAGAUCGCUGAGCUGUUUGGUGACCCUCCUUCUGCUUUGAAUAAUGGGAAUAAAACCGAGGACAUGGACGAUAGACAAAGCGUCGCGGACGCGAAGGACACCAAGUCUACUCAUGUGGAAGCGGUGGUAUGA